UUUCUCACUACAGGGGGUUGAGUCGGUUUCACUAUACAGUGGAUAGCAGAGGAGACCUAAGUUGGCUUCUUUAUUUAGAGACCUCAAGGGCACUGGGAAGACUAACGAAAAGGAAAAAUAAAAAAUGAUAUUAUCAAGAGCGUCCACCAAGAUGAAAGUUGGAAUCGCUGCUUUGGCUGCUGGUAUUAUUGGUGGGAUUGGAGUUCUCUUAUUCCUCAUUGCAUUUGGAACAGACUACUGGUUGUUGGCAACAGAAAAUUGUAAUGUUUCCAGAGAGCGCUCUCCUGCUGCCGAGAAUACAACAGAUUCUCCAAAGCCCACCUUGUUUUUUCACCACGAGGGCUUCUUUUGGAGGUGCUGGUUUAAUGGGGAUGAAUAUCAAGAGACAAUUUGGAACUUCUGGUUUACUAGCCAAGCUCACCCCAAGCACUGCAUCCAUGGAUAUCUGUUUCCCAUGCCCAUCGCUCUAGGACCUGUUCCUCAUCCAUCUUAUGAUCCCACUGCAGUGUACAGAGGAUUCUGGACUGCGUUCAUCAUCCUAGCUGUUGCUGCCAGUCUUGUGGGAGGAUUGCUGUUGGUGUGUGCCGUUCCCUUUGUGGCUGCUCGACUCUAUAAAGUAGGAGGCGGAUUCCUGAUCACUUCUGGAGUAUUACUUGUGUUACUGAUCGUGCUCUUCGUCUUGUGGAAGGAGUUUGCUGCUGACCUUCAGAGGUACAUUCUUCUUGAAAGAAGCCAGGCAUGUUUGCCUGAAACCCAUUUUCAUGUUUAUUAUGGAUGGUCCUUUAUGUUUGCUGCUGCUGGUACCCCACUUGUCCUCCUCUCUGGUCUGCUGUUCCUUUUUAUUGGAAGAAGCAUAUGUGUAGAAGAGAAAUAAAUGAUAAAGAACUGCAAUCACAUUAAAGACUAUUCCUCAUUGUAGAUGUGGGCACAAAGCAAUCCAGUUGAAGAACUUUUUAUGUUUAUAUUCUUCAGCAACCAGCUGCAAAGCUUAUAAUUACAAUAUUAAGUAAAAUCCUGCUCUCAAUGAACAAUAUAACAACGGUAAAUAAACAUUCAAUCGGAUGUUUGAAAUAGUGUAGAGAUAUAUGCACUUUUUUCAGUAUUCAUACUGUAUAAAUAUUUUAGAUACGUUCAGCCUUCUAGAUGUACUUUUUCUUAAGUGAAACAACAUAAGAAGAAGAAGAUUUCUCUCACUUCACAUUUUUCAGGUGAUGCUGAACUACAAAAGCCAAAAUCCCUGGCUCUAAAAGGAUUGAGCUUCCUCAACAACCAUGAUGGUUUUUGCAAAAAUAUUUUUAAGGGCUUCUAAGAAGAGCAGAGAGGUCAUUUAAAUAAUGCCUAGGCUAGAAAUUUCUCGAUUGUCAAUCAAGUUGCUAAUGUGUUAAAGUAAUGUACCACUAGAGAUUAGGUUACAAUUUCAAACUAUUAUCAUAUAUUGGGCCAGAUUCAAUUCAUUGAAAGAAAGUUAUCUCAUGGUUUAUCACAUGAAAAGCCAUGGAAAAAAUUCAAUUAGAGGGAAAAAAAAUUCUCCUAAUUCACUUCCAGUUUUUCCCUGUGAGAUAAUUUUUCUGAAUUCAUUGCAUCUCAAAUUGAAUCUCAUCCAUGACUUUUCACGUGAUAAACCUUUUACUCACUGCAGGGUCGACUGGGGGACCCAGGGCCCAUCUAGGCUGCUGCCUCAGGGCCCCCCUCUGGCCCCCUGCCGCAAAAGCACGCACACGUGUGCUAUGUUUUUCCCACAACCAGCUGGUUGCUGCAGGAAGAAGAGCAGAGAGCGGAUAUGGGUUUUUUUCCCAGUGUCCCGCCAAUCCAGUCCGACCCUGACUCACUGUAAUAACAAUGGCCCAUUGGGCCAACUUCAAAACAAUGAGUAAAGUUAAUUUUAUGGUUAUCACAUGAAAACUUAUUCAGUCCCAGGAGAAAAAACUUUUCCAGUUUUUUUAUCCCCAUAGACUUCAUUGGAGUUUUCCUGUGAUAAACAGUUUGCUCAUUGAAUUAAAUCUGGUUCUAUGGAGAAAUCUGGAAUUAAUAUGGAGAUACAGUAAGUCUUUGCUAAGAGAGAGAACUUUUCUAAGUAGCAGAGAGCUUUCCACAUGGGGAUAUGGGGGCUGCGCUUUAUUAUAAGGACUUAUUUUGUUUUCAUAAACUUACAGACACAUGCAUUGCACUUGCAAUAAAUCAACGAUUCUCAUGAUUUGAUUGGGUGAACUGUUUUAGCCAGUGCAAUGAUAGCACUUCCUUUAUGGGUCUAUUCUCAUGUGCUAUCACAUUAUUGCACACUCAUGAGCUACACUGUGAGUAAGGACUUUGAAGCUGAUCACUGCUCUUAGCUCCCUACAUACUGUUAUCUUUCUCAAAUUCAUCUUAUAUAUGUAAUUGAUUUAAGUGUUUCAAACCCUUUUUUUCACAAACGUGAUAUGAGUUAAAAUCUGUAUCUUGUACAAUCCUAAAUAUUAUGGAAAGUCAGUAAAUGCCUUCACCCUUAGAAAGCUGGAAACAAAAGCUGCACACUUUCUGUUGGAAAAACUGUUCAAUUUGGCUAAGGAAAGAGUUUUAUGUUUUACAAAACCAACAUACAGUAUCACUGACAUGUGUGAAAUAGUUAUUUUUUGAAAUGGUGGGUUUCAUAAUUGGGCUGUGCUUUGGCUCUUUCUUUUAUGUACUGUCUAAAUAAUAAAUAAUCUCUUCUGUUUUGGCUGGGAAGGGGCAAAUGCCCACUACCCAUUAAUUCAUUGGCAUGAUUGUGAAUCAGUGUGGGUCAUAAUAUAUGGAUAAUUAAUGGGGUGGACAUUUUUAGGUGGUGGUUACCUGUUCAGAGUGACAGAGUGCUUCCCAGUCACUUGCUGGAAUAAAAUAAAUGCUAAAAUAUAAAAA